AUGAAAGCCGGACAAGAAGAAUGGAACUCAAUGCUGUCCCGCCAAUCUAAAACUCUCGAAGAAGCAGUACAAGAAUACCACCGCAGGUACUCCAUGGCGCCUCCAGAUGGAUUUGACGACUGGUUCAACUACGCACAAUCGCAAAAUGUAGUACUCAUCGAUGAAUUCGACGAGAUGAUGAAAUCCCUCGUGCCCUUCCGGAAGCUAGGUCCGGAGGAGGUUAGGCGGAGAACAGCAAUACUGAACCGCAUACCGAAUGAUGUAAAUCUGCUGCGCGUCAGUGGAGAUGGGAAUGAGUUUAAGUAUGAGAUGGUACUUCAAACUGGGGCGAGGACCGAGAGAACGGAGGGACUGAUCUCGAUGCUGAGGCCGGUUGAGAAGCUUCUGGCGAAGCGGAAGUGGAAGGAGUUUGAUGUGGUUGUUAAUGAGCUUGCGGAGAGCAGAGUGUUGGGGGGUGAUUGGAAUAGUAGGGUACUGAAAGGAGGCAAAGAGGCGGAGGGGUUGGAGGGAUAUGAGUUCUCGAAGGAGGUGUGGGAGGCUCAUGGUUUUGGGGAGAUGAGCCUGAUCAGGAGUGUUGCGAAGGCUUGUGGAGAGGACAGUGCGUUUGCGAAGGCAAACCCAACAUUCAGAGUUUCGAAAAAAGUGGAGGAGAAGGAAGAUGGGGAGAGUGGAGAUGAAGGAUGGGAUGAUAUGGAGCUCAGAGAGGAUGGUGUGAAGGUUGAGGUGGAAAUAGUGGAGAUGGCGAAGUUGGAGGGGUUGGAAUGGUUGCAGGAUGUUGAUGUCUGCAAUCAUCCGGAGCUCACUCAGUAUCAUUCUGGAUUCCGCACAACACACCUUACCACUCGAGGUCUCUACCCAAUGCUUUCAUUCGGCGCUCCAAGUGCUUACAGCGAUAUUCUAUUUCCAACGAGCUAUCAAUAUGGUGGUAAUCCGGACUACAAAUAUAUCCCUGAGGAAGAUAUGCCUUGGGAUAAAAAGGAGAACGGAUUAUACUGGCGUGGUAGCCCCACUGGUGGCGGUUACGGCGAUAAAGAAUUUGGAUCUAUGCACCGUCACAGACUCGUUACGAUGACGAAUCCGCCCAUGCCCGCUCCAGCAGAAGGGACAGAACUAAACUUCACCCUUACUGGAGCAGACGCAGAGAAUAAUAUGCUCGCAAAAUACAUAUCAAAGACCGACUAUGACGAACAGUUUACCAACGUCACAUUUGUUGAAAUCGCACAAGACAACUGUAACUUCUUUGAAUGCAACGCCCUCAACUCAUUCUUCAAGUUCGGCGAGCAUAAGCCUUUGAAGGAGGUCUGGAGAUGGAAAUACGUAAUCGACGUUGACGGCUGGGGCUACAGCGCAAGAUGGAGGGCACUAAUCGUGUCAAAGAGCCUCGCGCUGAAAAGCACAAUCUACCACGAGUGGUACUCAGAGAGAAUGGUGCCGUGGGUCCAUUUUGUCCCCAUCAGUGCGAAGAUGGAUGAGCUGUACGAUGUAUUGGGAUAUUUUCUUGGAGGCGGAGAGGACGCACCGGAGAUCGUGGCCCAUGAAGAGGAGGCGAAGAAGAUUGCGGAGGCCGGGAAGGACUGGGCGGAUAAGAAUAUGAGGAAUGAGGACAUGAUUGUAUAUGUCUGGCGACUCAUGCUAGAGAUGAACAGGCUCUAUAAUGGGGAAGAUCAAGUCUACAGAGUACCUACAGCUUACGAUGAGGCUACCUGGGUGGACGAACUGUCCGACAAGUAG